UCUCCAUUGUAGCUUCUUAUCCAUACUUCAGUUCUUAGUACCUCAUGGUGGUUGCAGGAGUUUUAUUGCUCAAGGUGUAAUUAGAAAGGAAACAUUUGUCAAUGUUAGCUGUUUCAUAUGGAUCAUAAGAACUCCAGCAAAGGGGAUGGGACAGAGGCUAGGCCUGUCCGCACAAGUGAUCGGCUUCGAAGGCGACCGAGCAUGUAUGGUCGCACAUACCUAUAUUAUGGUCCCACCAUUAUACGCAAAAAGAAUAAAACCAAGAAACGGACAGCUUCUCAGAUUGCCAAGAUGUUGUGCCCGGGGAAUCGGCCAAUGCGAACGUCCAACCCCAGUUCAGUUGUAACAAACCUUCGUCGAUCUACUAGAAAGAGGAAGAUGUCUGUAAAUCUGGAAGGCUACGACACAGACAGUUCUGAUACAGAAGACAAUGACCUAAUGAGGCCCAAGUACCGUGCUACUAGAAACAAGAAUGAGAACAGUGCAAGUCGAGAAGAAUUGUCAACCCCCUCAAGGCAUAAAAAGAUCAAUAAAAGUAAAUCAUUUCCUCGUCGCAAAGGAUUACGACCUCGCCGUUUGAAGAAAGUCAAAAGAGAUCAAUCAGAUCAAGAAUCUGGGGAUGAUCAGGAUAGUUCUGAGGAUCAGGUUGACCAAGAUGAAACUGAAAAUCGGAAGGAUGUUGAGGAGGAUGAGGGGGAUGGAGAGGGUGAGGGUGAAGGUGAUGGUGAGGGUGGUGAUGAAGUAGAAGAAGAUGGUGAUGACGAAGAGGGUGAAGAAGAACAGGAUGGAAGGAGACGAUAUGACCUUCGAAAUCGUGCAGAGGUUCGCAGGUUAUCGCCAGAAAAGGAGGGAAAACAAAGGCAGCAAUCCCCUCGCAGAGUUCUGCACCAAGGAAUGGGAACCAAGGGUAGCGGAGAUGUAAGGAAGGGUGGUUCACGAGUUCAUAAGCGGCAUCGCCUACCUAGGGCUGAAGAUUCAGAUGAUUCACUUCUCGUGGAUGAGCUUGACCAAGGCCCUGCUAUUCCUUGGGCACGAGGUGGAAGUAGAAAUGGGCCACCUUGGCUCUUCAGUGGACUGGACAUGCAUGGGGCAACAGCAUGGGGAUUGAAUGUAGCUGCAUCUGGUUGGGGUCACCAGAGUGAUGCUUUUGCUACUCUGACUUCUGGUGUUCAAACUGCUGGGCCAAGUUCUAAGGGAGGGGCAGAUAUUCAACCUCUACAAGUUGAUGAAAGUGUAAGUUUCGAUGACAUUGGUGGACUUUCAGAAUACAUUGAUGCUUUGAAGGAAAUGGUAUUCUUUCCCUUGCUGUACCCAGAUUUCUUUGCAAGUUAUCACAUCACUCCUCCAAGGGGAGUCUUGUUGUGUGGUCCCCCUGGCACUGGGAAAACUCUGAUCGCAAGAGCGUUAGCUUGUGCUGCAUCAAAGGCUGGUCAGAAGGUCAGCUUUUACAUGCGUAAGGGUGCAGAUGUUCUCAGCAAAUGGGUUGGUGAGGCUGAAAGGCAACUGAAAUUACUUUUCGAAGAAGCUCAAAGAAAUCAGCCAUCCAUCAUUUUCUUUGAUGAAAUUGAUGGCCUUGCGCCUGUUAGGUCAAGCAAGCAAGAGCAGAUACACAACUCAAUUGUAUCAACUCUGCUUGCUUUGAUGGAUGGUCUUGAUUCUCGUGGACAAGUUGUUUUGAUUGGAGCAACCAAUAGAAUUGAUGCCAUCGAUGGAGCCCUGCGUCGUCCUGGUCGGUUUGAUCGUGAAUUCAAUUUUCCUUUACCUGGUUGUGAGGCACGUGCUCAGAUAUUGGACAUUCAUACACGUAAAUGGAAGCAACCACCUUCAAAGGAGCUAAAGAUGGAGCUUGCAGCCAGUUGUGUAGGAUAUUGUGGGGCUGAUCUAAAAGCCCUGUGCACAGAAGCUGCAAUUCGUGCCUUCCGUGAAAAAUAUCCUCAAGUUUACACUAGUGAUGACAAGUUUUUGAUUGAUGUUGAUUCAGUAAGGGUCGAAAAGUAUCAUUUCUUAGAAGCCAUGUCAACAAUUACUCCUGCUGCUCAUAGAGGCUCAAUUGUACACUCAAGGCCAUUGUCUUUAAUUGUUGCGCCAUGUUUACUAAGACAUCUCCAGAAAGUCAUGGAUCACGUAUCUGAAAUUUUUCCUACUCUCACAUCUUCGUCAGAUAUGAGCAAACUUUCUAUUCUUUCCUAUGGAUCUGCACUUCCUCUUGUCUACAGGCCUAGACUUCUAAUAUGUGGUGAUGAAAGCAUGGGCCUGGACCAUGUUGGGCCUGCGGUUUUACAUGAACUGGAGAAAUUCCCUGUUCAUUCACUUGGACUCCCCUCUCUUCUUUCUGAUCCUAGUGCAAAGACGCCGGAGGAGGCCUUGGUACAUAUAUUUGGUGAAGCAAGGAGAACCACACCCUCUAUUCUUUAUUUACCUCAGUUCCACCUUUGGUGGGAGAAUGCAGAUGAGCAGCUUAGGGCAGUCCUUGUGACACUUUUGGAGGAAUUGCCGUCAGACUUUCCCAUAUUAUUGCUUGGAACAUGCUCACGUCCACUUGCGGAUAUGGAGGGGAAUCCUUGUGCAGUAUUUUCUCAUCGUAAUGUGUAUCAAGUGGACAAACCAAGAAUACAAGAUAGGGUGAUGUUUUUUGACCGUUUGAUCCAAGCUGUUCUCUCCAUCCCUUCUGAAGGGUCAACAAGCAAAUCAAAGGAGCCAGCAUCCCUUCCUGAACUCCCCAAGGCACCGAAGGCCAUGAGUGGUCCAAAGCCAUCAGAAAUAAAAGCCAAGGCAGAAGCUGAGGAGCAUGCCCUCCGUCGACUACGAAUGUGUCUUCGAGAUGUCUGCAAUCGGAUUCUAUAUGAUAAACGAUUUAGUGUGUUCCAUUAUCCAGUCAUGGAUGAAGAUGCACCAAAUUAUCGCACAAUAAUCCAGAAUCCCAUGGACAUGGCUACUCUGCUGCAUCGCGUAGACUGUGGGCAGUACAUUACCUGUCCAGCAUUCCUGCAAGAUGUUGAUCUCAUUCUGACCAAUGCAAAGGCCUACAAUGGUGAUGAUUACAACGGAGCUAGGAUCGUCAGCAGAGCUCAUGAGCUUCGAGAUGCAGUGCAUGGGAUGCUAUCACAGAUGGACCCAGCAUUAGUUACUUUCUGUGACAAGAUUGCAGCCCAAGGGGGGCCUACCCACUUUACAGAUGAUAUGGGGGGCACUGGCUUCCCUAAUUCUCCCAUUAUUCAGCACACGGCUGUUACCAGAGCAAGUGCUCGACUUCGUAAUGUCCAACCUGAGGUUAAUGUAACUCAAAGUUAUGAAGUAUUGAAACGGACAAAGAAGAAUAUAGACUUUGAGAAAGCUGUAGAAGACGAGUCACAGUCUGCAGAUCCAGGACUGUCAAAGGCAACACCUUCUCAACCAGCCCCUUCUCAGGAACCUGAUUCAAAUGGUGUGGUCGAGGGACCAGAGAAAUCUUUGGCUGAUGAAGAACCAUUGGACACUUUCACAAAUGCUUCAAGUUAUUCUGGGGAGAGCAAAUCCCAAGAAGAUGCUGUAAUGUCGGAUGGAGAGAUUUCCAGCCAGGUUGAGUCUCUCAAGCAGUGUUUGGUGGAUCGCACUGAAGGAUACGGUGUACCAGAGCUUGAAAGCCUUUACACACGUAUUAUGAAAGGUGUAAUUGAAACCAAACUGAAAGCUGGGGAAGAUUUCAGGGCUUCAAUUUUGAGAUUUUUGUUGAGGUUUGCAGAAGACCAUGGAAAUUUCUGAUACCAAAGCUCCAUUGAUUCUUAUAAUUUUCAUUCUUAGUGGUUUUUCCCAGAGGUUAACCAAGUUCAUGUAUAAUUUCGGGAUUUUAGUCUUAAUGAGAUUAGGUAUUGAGUGAUUCAACUC